ACUCAGGCUGUCAGUUCUCCUCAUUUCCAUAUUCCUCAUUUUAUUCGCUUUUGUGCUUUCGAUGUAGCAUUGAAUAUGAUCGCAGCCGACCGACUGCUGAACCACAUGUACCCAACAGCAACUGAAAGAUACUGCUGACGAGCAUAUGAGCGCCAGCUGAGAGAGGCGGGGCAGACGGUGUCUAAAUCGAGACUCGCCGAGGACUGACCAGCCUUGCCAAAUGGACCCCGUCACCGUCAUUGGUUUGGUGUCAUCAAUCGUUCAGCUCAUUGAGGCAGCCAACAAGGUUAAAGACAUCCUCGAGGCCUUCAGAGAUGGAGAUAAGGAGCUUAUAGCGUUACGGAACGAUGUUGCUGCUUUCAUGGAGGCCCUUUGUGGAUUCGACCGGAUCUUGCGGAGCCGCCAUACGAUACACCGCGUUUCUAGCCCUGUUCUCGAGGAUGUGUUGAGGAAUUCCAUGGAGAUUGUUCUCGAACUCAGGGACCGACUGUUACAGUUGUCGAGCUCGAGCCUGUCUCCUGUGCGGAGAGCGAAAUGGGUCCAGCACAAAUCGGCUCUCAAGAGGUUGCACGGCAAGGUAAGGGAGAAGAUAGCCAUGCUGCACACGUUUCUAUCCAUCACGCAAGCCGAGACCUUCUUGACCAUAGCGAGCCAGUAUCCAGAUUUCAUGAUAUUCGAAUCCGCGCGCCUGGCGGCGACAGCUGAAAGCGAAGCAAGCAAAAUUCAACCAAUUGACCCUUCUCGCUUGCACGUAACCUCCCCCGGGAGGUAUGCGAGAAAGAAUAGUGUGAGCUCGGAUGAAAGGGGUAGUAGUGUGUCAGAUACUGCGUCGUACAUGGAAAGACUCUCCGUUUUUAGUUCGGCAGCUAGCAUCGAGAGUUAUACGACCGUAGGCUCGGCGAAUUCAACUCAUGGCCUAGGAUGUAAAGGCAAUGACCCGGAGAAGUUGUCCCUGACGACAACCAACUCCUCUCAACAGGCAAUACAGCCGGUCUCCCAGGAUAUGUUUAUUCUUCGUAAAUCAUGCCGUUAUAAUUGUCGCUGCGCAUGCCAUGAGGAGAUGGCGGAUGAGCCACGGCGUCGCUUCGGCCGCUCAAAACCUCGAAAAAUAGAAUGUACCGAUGCUAUCUGCCUAGGGAAUGAGAUGGUACCGAAUAGUUCUAAAGAGUAUUCGUCGUUAUUUCGCUCAGCCCUUUCCAAAGCCACAUCGACGAGAGUGAUUCAAGUGCGAUAUGACCUCCAGUCGUUCCGAAUGGUCCCUAAUGGAUCCAAUGCAGUGCGUUACGUAAAUCACGGCAACCUCCCGAAACUGAAGGAAUGCAUCGAGUCAGGAGAAGCGACUAUAUGGGAUACAACCCUCGAUGGCUGGUCACUGCUUCAUUCUGCGGCCUACCAUAGCCAUGCACAUAUUGUCAAGUACUUGCUAGACCUCGGCGUGGCGACUUCAACUGGAGAUGUCGGUUCUAGGACGCCUGCAGAUUUAGCCGUGUUAAAGUCAAUGGGGAAGAGGGAAAACGGAUCUGAGCAAAAGAUCGUGGAGAUUUUCGGGGAGAAGGAUGACGUACUGGCCGAUUUCGAAUUCAAUCCCAUCCAUCUCUGUGUAUUGAACAUGCAUGGGCACCAGCAUUCUGAGAGGCCGUCCUUAGAAGAGCUUUUGGAACUUGUGGACGAUGCCAACAACGCGCCAGUCAGCACCAACUGGACACAGUGGAAGUUGAAGUUCCAAGCCAGAUCCCCUCUUUUCGCAGCGAUUCUCGAGUACUUCAGAGCAUCGGCAUUCGAAAGCCCGAAGGGAACCAAGAUUAUUCACAGCCUAAUUGAUGAAAAGGAUAAGAAAUUCCAUUGGACGCCGUUGCAUUGGGCCGCUUACUCGGGCCGUGUGAAGGAAAUGCGUACCUUGGUGAAAUACGGCGCCAAUUGUAGCAUUCUUUCAAACCUCGGGGCUAACAUCAUUCAUGCGGCUGUCGAGUCUAAGGUCAGCGGGGGCCUAGAGACGGCACUGAAGAUUAGGCACAUGUGCCCAGACGAGUUAGACAUUAACCAGGCCAACAGCUGGGGCGAGACGGCCGUCCAUAUCGCGUCCUGCAUUUCGGCGUCGUGCGUCCAGCUGCUGCUAGACGCUGGGGCCGACCCGAACAUCCAAGAUGAGAACGGCCGGGUAGCGCUCCACUUCGCAGCGUCGUCCGAUCGGGAGGUUGAAAGACCCAAGGUCAUCACGGCACUGUGCAUUGCUAUGGGCGCCAAGCAUAUUAACACACAGGAUCUCCAUGGUCGGCCGCCUCUGUUCGACUAUCUGAACGACCGGGAAUGUGUCGAGACUAUGAUCCAGCACGGCGCCAAAGUCGACGUGACGGACAACGACGGGAAGAACGCGUUCCACCACGCCUGCACCCAGGGAGAGCACGGCGCGCUGGAGGUGAUGCUUAAGAUGACCAACAGCCCAGGUCCGCUAGUAGCGCGAGAUAACCUCGGGAACACGCCCUUAAUAGAAGCGCUUUCAAACUCUAGCGUGGACUGCGCUAUGACGCUCCUGCAGCGGAACGACGUGGGUUCGCUCAUAGGCAAGGAUGGCUGGUCGCCUAUCCACUACGCAACCAAAAUCGGCGAUCCGGAGCUGCUGUAUGCCGUGUGCCGGCACCGGAGCUUCAAGAAAUCAGCCAAGACGCUGGACGGUAAGAGUGCCAAAGUAGUGGCAAUGGAGGCCGAGACCUGGAACGGAAGGAUUAAGGAGUUGAUCCUGGAGCAUGAUUGUUUGGAUUGGGACGAUUAGGCAUGAAGACAUGGCUUGCGCGGUAGAGCUCCUGCAAAUACCGAUGCAGUCAUUGGCGGCUCGCGUCUUGACAUUUGAGAUACCCCGUGAUGUCCAAUAUUUAUACGUGAAAGAUUUCUCUUUGUACAUUAGCAAAAGGGUCUCUUCAAUUCCAUUCUAUGAUACUUUACUAUGACUUAGCCUCCAACAACGAACAGAGGCUUAACACAAUAACUUCUCCUAGAGAGCGGCAGAUACAUACCAAGUUGAAUAGCUUGACGCGC